AUGCCGCCUUCCAAGCAAACGGCCGAGUUAACGUUUGGUCUCCAAGCACUGAUUUACCGCAUCCGCCAGCUCAUCAAGGAGCGUCGCGGCUAUUCGAAAACCAAGGCGCGAGAGCUCGCGAAGCUCCUCAGAGAGAGUCGCGAUGACUUUGCCCGCGUCAAGACAGAAGACAUCAUCGCCAAUGACGACCUGAUCGCUGCGCUAGAAAUCAUCGAGCUCCACUGCGAGCAGCUGCUGGUCCGGGCGAACAUGCUCGACCAUCUUGCCUUUGGACAGAAGCGCAAGAGCAGGACCAUGAGGAGGGGGAAAUCCGACUCGUCGGCCGCAAACAAAGACGGGAGCGCGUCGGGCCUAUGGCGGAUUCUCGGCUUUGGCAAAGACGCGCGCAAGCAACGGCCGGGCGAGGACGACACGGCGAGUAUCGGAGGACGCCCCGCGAGCAACGCCGGUCGCUCGUCUGAGCGCCUCGAGGUCGUGCGAAGCAGCGACUCCGCGCCCGGCGGAACUGUGACGCCACCCGACGCCGGCCAGCCAGACUGCUACAUCGAGCCGGAGCUCGACCGCGCCGCGGCCGUCAUCUUCUACUCCUAUCCCCGUCUGCCCCGAGACAUCCAGGGUCUGCCGGAGCUGCGCGCGAAGCUGGUGCAGCGCUGGGGCACGGAGUUCGCAACCCGCGCGCAGGAGGAGAACAACCCGCCCGUCGAGCUGCCGCAGGAGCUGGUGGACGCGCUAAGAGUCCAGAAGGCGCCGGCGGGGCUGGUGGAAAAGUACUUGAAGGAGAUCGCGCGCAGCCACGGUAUCUCGUGGCAGCAGGAUAGUGAGGAUGGCGACGACGAGCAUUCCCCGAGCGAGGACAACAAGAAUAACGACAAGAGCAAUAACAGCAGUGGUAACAUCAGCAAGACAAAGAAGCGGCAUGAAUCCAGUGCGGAUGGCUCGACGCCGCUGCGGCAUACCCAGAGCGAAGUCGCGCCGGCCACGACGCCGUCUGAGACUUCCAAGGACGGCGAAGCGUCACCUAAGGUGAUAUCGCAGUCUUAUCCCCCGGCCGCGCCGACUGGGGAGAGCCUGGAGAGAAGCAAGACGGGAAUACCGCAGGUGGACGAGCUAGCAAGGAGGUUUGCCGCCUUGAAGAGAUAA